UUAGUUCAUAAGGUUUGGUAGGGUCAAAUCGUCUGCAGUGGCUUGAUUUUAGGCCGGAAAUCAUUGUGCCGAGACUACAUUGUUUCUACAUGCUUGUGUAGCACUAUCAGACAACUGUCGUCACGUGAAAGCGGCUGUACGUGCUGUACAAUCGUCGUUUCGUAGGGUUUGUCAGUCGGUUUUGAACGAGCAGACGAUUCUCUGCUAACCUGAAAUAUCUGUUCGUCUAGGCAUCAUGAGCAUUCACGCGACAUUUGAUUCUUGAUUUUAACUGAGUGAACUUGUCCAAGAAUUCCCUGGCAAAACUGCGCCUAUCAUAGUGCUCCGUUGCCAUCGUGUUUGUUCUGGCAACGAUGAGUGAAUUCGACAAAUGCACUAUUCGAGGGCUCGAGGUGCUUCGCGGUGCUCUUGAACGACUUUCCAGAGAUCCGCCCACGGAAGUGCCCCCUCUUUACGAACGAGUCGAAUUCCUUCAUAAAGCGCACAUUUAUAUCGCACAUAAGAUGGCAGAAAAAGGAUACAAGAUGCCGAUUCAAGAAAAGGUUGAUAACGAGUUUGCAAGAUGGACUGCUUUCGAGGAGAAAUUAAAUCUGAGGCAAGAUAUAAGCUCUGAUGUGGAAGCAUACCAUAGGGAACUAAUGGUAAAGGCACUACGCAAGGUUCAAUGUGAAAUCGAGCAACGAAAGCAAAGUGACGGAUCAGUGGACCAGGACAACGCUUCAGUGGACGAAACUGAUUGGUCGGAUGCUUCGCACAUUUCAACUGGCUCUAGAUCAUCGAGAUCGCAGAGUCUCUUAUCUGCGAAGUCGAAACUGAAGCGUAGCAUGAGCGAAAGUUCGUCAAGACGAGAUAUGCGUAUAGUCGCACCUUCCGAGUCUACCACAAAAAGGCAAAGGGUGGCUAACCAUCAGAAAGAAGGCUUAUCGGUAGGUCAGAAGGCUAACGACACAUCAACUGACGAUGGCUUGGAGCGUGAGAGUCGUUCUCGAAUUCCCAAGAAAGGUUCAAGUAGAAAUAAUUCACAGUCUGUUAGAGGUUUGAAACCGGCCUUGCCAUUGUUUCAGAACAAAAUAUCUCGGCCUCCAAGUGUUGACAGGGCAGAGUUUGCGAGAGCUCAAAACCAGCGCGUUCAACAAGCAAAGGAACGUCGCGAACAACAGCAGCAGACCGAAGAGAUUGCCAAAGACAGCAAACGGUCAGUAGCAAAGUUAAAGUCCAUUAAAGCCGAUAGUUCCGGAAGGGGGGUAUCGAGAAAUUCAGUAUCCCUCCAGAAAAAAGUUAGCGCCAUCGAUCCAUCGCCAAAUAAUCCUAUCAUAACUGGUACAAUACCACUGGCCAAUGAGAUGUUACACGGACAGACUUUGCUUGAGUCAAGCAAACUGCCGCUCCUUACACAUCAAGUUAAUUCUACAUUCAUGAUGGGUGCGGAAGCUCGACCAAUGUGCGACGUGACGAUGAUUGCCCCUGUUCCAGCUGGAUUUCGUGAGAUGCCUGUUCAUCCGUUAAACACGACGUAUGUGCCGUCCGCUACCGCCGUUCCAAACGAUGUAACGUUUGCAAAACCCUUGCAACCAGUAGAAACAAUUUACCGACCGGUCCUCGAUCCCCCCGACAAUGGCCAAAUAGAGCCAGCACUACCUGACGAGAAUGCGGCCAACGCCACGGUUGACGACACUCUUCUGAACCCUAUGGAGAGCUACUGCAACUACGGGCUAGAGGACCUUUGUUCGGAUUCCGAUAACACCGACGACGAAUGUCACCCCAAAAAAAUCAUACCUGGAUGGGCGCGAAUGGAUUCAGCUCGUUUCAGAAGACGUAUCUUCAAACAGAAGACGUUGGGUGACAGCAUUGAAAAGUAUAGGCUUAAAGAUAUUUGUAUGCCAAAAUAUGUCGACCUGCAUGAGAUUUUUUACUCCGAUAUUGCCAAAAGGGAUACCUCCUCACUCAUCUGGGAUACAACGCAGACUUUUAUAGCUUAAAAUAAUGAUGGUAGUGAAUUUUCGAGAGAACUGCAGCUCGCUUAUGUGUUGUGUACUGAACUUCGUGGAUGCACGACUUCCCUUACCUGUUUCAACCAGUUAACCGCUAAUUCUUCUCUGAACUUCAGGAUAGGUGGCGCAGCAGUCGCGGAUCGUAAGGCAAUGUUAAUAUCGUUCUUUUGUUCUCACUUUUGCUCUUUCCAAAGUUGUCUUAAUCUACCUAUUGUUUACCUUUAGCAGUCUGUAUAAUAAGGUUGUAUAAAAAAGAAACAUAUAUAUAUAUAUAUAUAUAUAUGUAUAUAUAUAUAUAUGCUUAAGCGUUGUACAUAUUGAUUCAUCUUUUAAUCGUAUUUUGACCGUCCUUAAUAUAUGUUCUGAACAGAGUUUCGAAAUAACGAUAACCUAUUGCUGUGACAAGUGGAUCAUGGCAAGGGCCAGUAUCGUCAGCAAUAGAUAGAGCGGUCAGAAUAGGCUUGACAUAUAAUAAAAAAAGAAACAACAUGAAUUAUACUGAUGCUUAAGAAACGAUUAUUCUAAUCUAUUAUUCCCUUAUUGUUUGUCUUUUAGCAAGAAGUAAACGUUUCUCUGAAAAAUUGAUUUUAGAUUAUGGUAACGAAACAACAUAAUCCUCAUAUGCUUUAUACUAUUUAUGAUACCAACACGACAUUUAAUCCAUGCGAUAACUCAUGGGAGAUAGCCCGCUAAUUGGCUUUUUAUGUCCGUAAACUAGAAAAGACUAAGGCACAUAAUAUACAUCAUGAUCAUGUACAAUUCCGUAUAUUUUAAAUAUACUUUUAUAUUUAAAUAUGCUGUUCCAUAUGGUAUUUCAGAAGCUUGUACCUUUAACUGAGGAGCUUGUUUUACAAAAUUUACUCAAUUUUGAAGGAAAUACUGCCUUUGCUGCAGAACCAAAUGUAGAAAACUAUGUAGAAAGCAUUCUCUUAUACUUACUUCAACUAGGUAGCACGUGUUUUUCGUUCAGGUUUGCGUCGUUAAUGGUAUACCGUUGAUUUUCCCAUUUGCUAUACACAUAUAGUCUGAUUUGAAGUAUCGUAGGUCACUUGUUGGCAGCGAAGGACGAGGCACAUUACUGCACUGAUAAAUGCUCGCUCCAUUCUCUGCUUUUCCGUAACGUAGAAACUACGAAGUUCCUGCACGUAGACCAAAUCUGUGACGGUACUACACUAACUCAGCUCAGUGAGCUUCGACCUUAUUAGUAAUACACAAUACGAAUAUUUUAUACACUUCAAGAAAUAAAGUUGCUAUAAUUUGCCUUCGCGAAGUGCACACGGAACUUCGUUUCACAAAAAAAUCAAGUGCUGACUUUAAGGCACUUUUCUUAGUUGG